AUGUCUUCCCCCUCAACCCGUCGUCUACUAAAAGAAAGCACCGAUCUUCACAAAAACCCAAGCCCGUACUUCACAGCCGCCCCAAUAAGCGACACAAACCUACAUGACUGGCACUUCACUCUCGCCGGUCCUCCCUCUCCCUCCCCCUACGCUCAAGGCCUCUAUCACGGACGCAUUACCUUUCCAGCCACAUACCCACUCCGCCCGCCCUCAUUCCGCUUCCUCACACCUUCCGGCCGCUUCGAAGUCAACCGCGAAAUCUGCCUAAGCAUAUCCGGCCACCACGAGGAAACAUGGCAGCCCGCUUGGGGUGUGCGCACCGCGCUACUGGGCAUCCGGUCUGAGAUCUUUACUUCAGAGAGCCAGGGACAGGUUGGUGGAAUGGAGGGCAAUGACGAGGUGCGGCGGGAGUAUGCGCGACUCUCGCUUAACUGGCGUUGUCGGGAGUGCGGGACUACGAAUCUAGAGGCUAUGAGGGAGCUGUGGGAGCUUUGUCGAGAGCGUGGAGUCGAGGUCGAGGGAGAGGUUGCGGGUGUCGAGGGCCAGGAGACGGUUGAAACUAAAGCUAAUGCGCCGGCUCCGGCUCCGGCUUCGAGUGGGGAUGAUAUUCCUAUCGCAAGUGAGGACCAAGCGAAAGAGGAUGAUACUAUAGAGAGUACGGCUGCGGAAUCUGUUCUGGCUUCUUCUGCGCCUACGUCAGUGCCAGCAACACAAGCACAAACGCAAGCACGCACACAAGCGCAGGCGCAAGCACCGAUAUCUACUGUACAAGCUCCGGCUGCAGCCCUUAUUCCUACGCAGACAAGCUCUCAAUUGGCUUCGAUGGAUUCUCCUUCUGAAAGUGUCUGGCUGGACCGGGCUAUCAUUGGUGUGAUCGUUGCUCUUGUCUUGUUGAUAUUGCGUCGAGUGGCGAACGUCGACGAUCUAUAA